GACCCACCUAACCUGACACGUCGCGAGGUUUGCUAUUUGCACGUGCACGUGUUUGCAGUUAAAUUGUGCUUUAGCAUUUAACUCAAAAAUGGUUAGUCACUUUGGAGAAGUGAUAUUUCCUUCGUCACGAGCAUUUUGGGAUGACGAGGACGAAUACGAGCCAGCAGAUAAUACGGAACAUUGUCCAAAGUUGUACGUUCGCUGGUUGAAAACUAAACCGGAGCGUAUGCAAAAGUUCAUCAUAGUGGAGGGAGAUCCGUUACGUCCUUUCGUGGAGCAAUGUUUGUGUCCCAAAACGGAGGAAGCGUGCAUUGUAGAAAAUGAAAAUCGUAGAAAAGUUUCAGUUAUUUAUCAAAUUGACAAACAAAUAUAUAUGUGUAUAAUUUUACCACAGUUUGACACAAAAAAUGCUGGAAAGCUUGUAAAUCAGAUGUACGAUUUGUUACCAAGUUCGGAGAGCACAAUUUCAAUAGUGUGUCGUCAUGUAUCGCAGUUUAUAAGUACCACGGUCCCAGAGACUCCGUCGUUUUUAAGAAUACUGGCUACCAAAACGACAAAUGUCACAAAAUGUCAGAUUGAACCAUUGGAACAACCAAAUAUUGUAUUUGGCGUUGGCGCAGGAGUUUUAUCUUAUGCCGAACUCACAGGCAUGCCAGCCAAAUUAUACAUAUUGUACAUCGACAGUUUCGUGCUGGAUUCCAAAUGUGCGGAACCAAUUUUACAAGUUUUAACUGAUGAAAUACCUUGUAAGUUGCGGCAACCCAAAUUUGCGGAAAAUCCUUUCAGUAAAGGAAAUCUUUACAUGUGAA